AUGCGGGCACUCGAAGCCUUGCACGACUUCUGGGCGCGUGGCACUCGCUGGCGCCUUCACACUCCUCAACUCCUGGGACCCCCCCCCCGUUUUUCGACCUCCCUGCGCUCGGGCCCCCCCCCGCUCCCGCCGCUGCGGGCUGUGGCCCUGGCCGCCAGGAUGCGCGCGCCGCUUGAGACCGCAGCGGUCUGGCGGUCGCCGUGCCCGUUGCUUGAGGCAGAGGCGGAGGAGCAUCUUCCGAUGGCGCAGUGGGUGGGGGCGGGAGGUGGCACUGGGCUGUGGCCGAAUUUCUGGGUCGAGCCUCCUCUUGCCUGGAGCCUGCGAGUGGCUGCGGAGGCCUGA